AACCCCAUUCUGCCCCCCAAACCCGACCCCGACUUCCCUGGGUCCCGGCCCCGACCCUCUGGACCCUGGACCCUGGGCCCUGGACCCCAGCCCCGACCCUGGACCUCGGACCCUGGCAGUGACCCCUGAUCCCGGACCCUGACUCCGAUCCUGGACCCCGACCUCAGACCCCGGCCCUGACCCUGAACCCCAGACCCCGGACUCUGACUCCCACUCCGGACGGGCCUUCCCGACAUGACGGGUCUGGAGGAGGACCAGGAGUUCGACUUUGAUUUCCUUUUCGAAUUUAACCAGAGCGACGAGGGCGCCGGGGUCGCCCCAGAGCAUUACAGCUAUGUGUCCUCCAAUAUCAGUCCGGGCCUGUCCCUGCCCACAGCGCACCCCUCACUGCCAGUGCAGUGCCACGACAUGCAGACGACAGCCCCUGGCCUCUCCGCCGUGGCGGCCGCGAGCCACCCCUCGGGGUACGGAGCCGCUGUGGACGGGGGGCCCUCAGGCUACUUUCUGUCUUCCGGCCAUGUCAGGCCCAACGGAGCCCCGGCCCUGGAGAGCCCCCGCAUUGAGAUAACGUCCUACCUGGGGCUACACCACAACAACAACCAGUUUUUCCACGACGUGGAGGUGGAGGACGUCCUUCCCAACUCCAAACGCCCCCCUUCCACCGCCACCCUGAACCUGCCCAACCUGGAGGCCUACCGGGACCCCUCCUGCCUGAGCCCGGCCAGCAGCCUGUCCUCGCGCAGCUGCAACUCCGAGGCCUCGUCCUACGAGUCCAACUACUCGUACCCGUACGCGUCCCCGCAGACGUCCCCUUGGCAAUCCCCCUGCGUGUCCCCCAAGACCACAGACCCUGAGGAGGGCUUUCCCCGAGGUCUGGGGGCCUGCAGCCUGCUGGGCUCCCCGAGACACUCCCCUUCCACCUCGCCCCGCACGAGCAUCACAGAGGAGAGCUGGCUGGGGGCGCGCACCUCCAGGCCCUCGUCCCCGAGCAACAAGAGGAAGUACGGCCUCAAUGGCCGGCAGCUGUCCUGCUCCCCGCACCACUCACCCACGCCGUCCCCGCACAGCUCGCCGCGGGUCAGCGUCACGGACGACACGUGGCUGGGCAACACCACGCAGUACACCAGCUCGGCCAUCGUCGCCGCCAUCAAUGCCCUGAGCACCGACAGCAGCCUGGACCUGGGCGACGGCGUCCCCGUCAAGGCCCGCAAGACCGCCCUGGACCACUCUCCCUCCGUGGCGCUCAAGGUGGAGCCGGCGGGCGAGGACCUGGGCACCACGCCGCCCUCGUCUGACUUCCCGCCGGAGGAGUUCCCCCCCUUCCAGCACAUCCGGAAGGGCACCUUCUGCGACCAGUACCUGUCGGUGCCACAGCACCCGUACCCAUGGGCCCGGCCCAGGUCCCCCACGUCCUACACCAGCCCAUCUCUCCCUGCCCUCGACUGGCAGCUGCCGUCACACUCGGGGCCCUACGAGCUGAGGAUCGAGGUGCAGCCCAAGUCCCACCACAGAGCCCACUACGAGACGGAGGGCAGCCGGGGGGCCGUGAAGGCGUCAGCGGGGGGACACCCCAGCGUGCAGCUCCACGGCUACCUGGAGAGCGAGCCCCUCACGCUGCAGCUGUUCAUCGGGACGGCGGACGACCGCCUGCUGCGGCCACACGCCUUCUACCAGGUCCACCGCAUCACGGGGAAGACCGUGUCCACCACCAGCCACGAGGCCGUCCUCUCCAACACCAAAGUCCUGGAGAUCCCGCUUCUGCCAGAAAACAACAUGAGAGCCAUCAUCGACUGUGCCGGGAUCCUGAAGCUCCGGAACUCGGACAUCGAGCUGCGCAAGGGCGAGACGGACAUUGGCAGGAAGAACACUCGCGUGAGGCUGGUGUUCCGGGUGCACAUCCCACAGCCCAGCGGCCGCACGCUGUCGCUGCAGGUGGCCUCCAACCCCAUCGAGUGCUCCCAGCGGUCGGCCCAGGAGCUGCCUCUGGUGGAGAAGCAGAGCGUGGCCAGCUGCCCUGUCCUGGGAGGGAAGAGGAUGGUCCUGUCUGGCCACAACUUCCUGCAGGACUCCAAAGUCAUCUUCGUGGAGAAAGCACCAGAACGCGCUGGUGGUCGAGAUACCGCCGUUUCGCAAUCAGAGAAUCACCAGCCCCGUCCAAGUCAGCUUCUACGUCUGCAACGGGAAGAGGAAGCGAAGCCAGUACCAGCCCUUCACCUACCUGCCUGCCAAUGCAGUUCAGAAAAUAGCUAUGCAGUCCCUGUUCCAAGUUCACAAGUGCCGAGGGUUACACACGACCCGUGUCAGAGGGGAAGGAGCCUGUGUGUGACAUACACACCCUCUUCCUUGGAGACCGAGGCCUCCAAGGACACAUAACUGGGAUCCCAGGAUGAUGCUGGGCUGUCCAUGUGCCAUCCAGGGUCACCCACCUGCACAGCCAUUCAGUGCUACAGUCUCACCCCCACAGAGCUCGAGCUGCCCUCUGCUCCAAUAACCAUGACCCCACCCUCUACAUCUGCCCCGGGUCCUCCAUCACCACGCUCUAGGUCUGCCCCCGGUCCUCCAUCACCACGCUCUAGGUCUGCCCCUGGUCCUCCAUUACCAUGCUCUAGGUCUGCCCCUGGUCCUCCAUCACCACGCUCUAGGUCUGCCCCAGGUCCUCCAUCACCACGCUCUAGCUCUGCCCCCGGUCCUCCAUCACCACGCUCUAGCUCUGCCCCCGGUCCUCCAUCACCACGCUCUAGCUCUGCCCCCGGUCCUCCAUCACCACGCUGUACAUCUGCCCCGGGUCCUCCAUCACCACUCUACGUCUGCC